AAGGAAGAAAAAAACACACCUGCUUUCCAAUCGCAGCUGCCUCCCAUGGCGACCACCGCCUCCCUCCUCCCUCCUCUCCUCCCGGCCCCUUCCUCCUCCCCCCGCCACCUCCACCCCUCCCCUCGCCACCUCCGCCCCUUGCCACCGAUCCGCCUCCUCCGCGCCGCCCGCCGCCGCCACCCCGACGCCGUCGUCGUCGUCCCGGACGCCCGCCCCUGGGUCGGCGACCUCUCGGGCGCCGCCGCGUCCUACCGGGACGGCAGGGAAGAGGACGACGACGACGCGGGGGAGGAGGAUGACGAAAACGACGACGACGACGAGGACCGCAGCCUGGACCUCCUGGUCCGCUUCCUGCACUCGGUGUUCAGGAAGGUCUCCCGCCGCGCGCGCCGCGCCGCCAGGUCCGUGCUGCCGCCUUCCGUCCCCGCUGAGCUGGUGAAGUUCUCGGUCAACGGCGUGCUUGUUCUCACGUUUCUAUGGGUCCUAAAGGGGCUACUUGAGGUGGUGUGCACAUUUGGAAGUAUGGUGUUCGUGACCAUCCUUCUUGUUCGUGGAAUAUGGUCUGGAGUGACUUACAUAAGAGAAAACCGAUAUAGCUAUAUUCGCCAGAUUGAUAAUGAUGACAACCGAUGGAGCAGAGUACAGACUGCUGGCUAAUCAUUUGAUUUCCUUGACUACAUACAUACACUUUGCACCAAAGGGAUCAUCAGUAAACCUUUCCUCACUGUUAAGACAGCAUGCUACCAGUUCAGCACCAACUGCCAACAGCUGUUGCUAUACAGCAGAGUUGAACAAGAACAAAAGGAAUCCCAUGUAUUCGUCGAAUAAGUGGAAUUUUCUUCCUCUGCACAAAUGCAGGAGGGAUGGUUGAGCUGAACAAGAUUAAUACGCGUGUAAAACAAUCCAGCACACUGAUGAAUGAGAGCUGCUGCUGUGAUGCAUUUUCUGCUACUCUUUUCUUGAAGAGAUGUAUCGGUCCUUAUUAGUGUAUGUAUUGUUCCAUGCUGUUACAACUAGCCGGUGUAGAAAAACUCAUGUUUGUUGUAUUGAAAGGUGGUGCACGAUACCUUUUUGGUUAAAAAGUGAAUAUCAUUUCGAUUUCAUUUGAAUCUCUCAGAGAAAUAUGAAUCAAGUAGUACGUCUUUUGGUUU